AUCCUCCCCCAGUCCACGACGCUUUAAAAAUCUUGAAACCAAAAGAGCGAAGAGAGCCCAAACACGCGGGAGGUCGCCUCCGUCUUCCGUCGUCGCCUCCGCCUUCCUUCUGCUUCAGUUCGUAGGGUUUUGAUUCCUCCUCCGCCACCCGCUCCUUCCUCAUCCUCCUCCUCCGCCGCCGCCGUCGCCGCCGCCGCGCGACGAGCGGCGAUCCAGAUCGCCGGCGAUCUGCCGGCGCUCAAUCGCGGGCCGGUUUUCGGGUGAACCCUGAUUCGGCGCGGGCCAAUUCGGCGGCGCCGUCGCCGUCCUCCCGUCCGUACGUUCGGAUUGAUCCGGUAUGGCGCCCACGAGGAAGUCCAGGAGCGUGUACAAGCGGUUCUCGAAUUUGAAUGAGGUUUCUCCGGAUAAGGACGUCGGGAGCUCGAAGAGCAGCCGGAAUCGGAAGAAGAAAUUGUCUGAUCUAGGACCGCAGUGGAGCAAGGAAGAGCUCGAGCGCUUCUACGAAGCUUAUAGGAAACACGGGAAAGAGUGGAAGAAGGUGGCUGCUGCUGUGCGUAACAGAUCCGUUGAUAUGGUUGAGGCUCUCUACAACAUGAACAGAGCAUAUUUGUCCCUUCCUGAGGGUACAGCUUCUGUGGUUGGUCUUGUAGCAAUGAUGACCGAUCAUUAUAAUGUUAUGGAGGAAAGUGAUGAAGAAGAGAGCAAUGAUAGAACAGAAAUCAGAAACACACCGAAACGCAAGCGUGGUAAAGUUCAGGUUGGUGGUUCAAGAGAAGAUCUGCACCCCAAAGCUGACUUGUCUAAUGAUGGUUGUCUGUCAUUAUUGAAAAGAAGACGUGUUGAUAGUAGCCAACCACGUGUUGUUGGCAAAAGGACUCCUCGAUUUCCUGUUUCUUUCUUGUACAAGAAAGAUGGCAGAGAAAAUCAUGUUUCUCUGGGCAAGAGGGGCCGGAAGUCAGAGGCUGAUGCUACAGAUGAUGAUGUUGCACAUGGAGCAGCGUUAGUACUAACUGCGGCUUCCCACAGGGGAGGCUCACCACAAGUUUCUCGAAGUCCUUAUGGUAGAAAAGUGCAGUCAAAAGUAUCACCUGUUCAGAGCUGGGAAAGGAUGCAUUCUCAAUCAGACGCAACCAAGUACGGUGAUGCUUCUCUGGACGAAGAAUGGCUGGAAGGGAGCAUUGGCAGUAGGGGAACGGAAAAUGGAGACUAUGAAAAGUAUACAAGGUCCUUGACGGACAUAGAAGGUGUCGGCACAGUAGAAGUUUGUCGGAAAGGGAAGAAAUUCUAUGGAAAGAAAGAGAAAGUCGAGGUCCUGGAAGAGAAAGAGUUUGAAGAUGGUGGCGGAGCUUGCAGCGGAACAGAAGAGGGAGGCAAUGAUAAUUCACUGAAGGGGAAAGUCAAGUUUGAAGUUUCAAAUGAGAAAAUAGAGCAUUCUCAUCAAACUCCGAGAAAGAGAAGCAAGAAGCUUUUCUUUGGAGAUGAAAGCUCUGAUCUUGAUGCUCUGCAGACAUUGGCUGAUUUGUCAUUGAUGAUGCCAGUUUCCACCAUGGAGUCAGAAUCCUCUGUCCAGUUGAAGGAAGAAAAAACAACUCGGGAUAUAGAUGAUAAGUUGACUGUGCCCGAAGCCACUUCUGUAGAUCGUCAAAGAGAUAAGGUCUUAGGGAAGGAGAAAACUUCUGCAGUUGACAGUAGAAAAUCAAAUCUUGCGAGGGCCUCAGCUAUCAAUUCUGAUGCUAUCUCCAAAGCAAAAGGGCAACUGCUGUCGAGCAACAAAUCAGGGAAAAGAAAAUCUAAGCCAAUAACGUCUAAGGUUAUAAAUGCUGAAGCUCAUAAUACUUUUCUUCUAGGUGAAUCUCUGAAAAAUGAGGCCUCAGCUGAGGAAGGAAAGACACUAGCGGGUCAACCAUCUACGAGAGAGUUCAAAUUAGCUUUUGGGAGAGAGUAUAGAGCGUCUGUUUCAAAAGCGAAGAAGUCAGCUAAAUCUGCACAGAACUUGUCUGAUAUUGAUCAGAAAGGAACGGAAACUGAUUUGAUGGGGUUGAGUACUCAGGUUCCUGCUGAAAUUCAGGUCAACUUACCAACUAAGUCAAGAAGUCGAAGAAAGAAAGAUCUGCAGCAGGCACUGAAACCAAAAGAGAUGAGUGGUUCUGAUAGCACACUGAGGAACCGAACUGAUAAACGUGGAAUAUUUGUCCAGGAUAAAGCACUUUCUUUAAAGGACAAACUGUCGUCUUGCCUGUCAUCCAAUCUGGCACGGAGGUGGUGUAUUUUUGAAUGGUUUUAUAGUGCUAUUGAUUAUCCGUGGUUUGCAAAGAGGGAGUUUGUCGAUUACUUAAAUCAUGUCGGACUUGGGCACAUUCCUAGGUUAACACGUGUCGAAUGGAGUGUUAUAAGAAGCUCACUUGGCAAGCCUCGUAGAUUUUCUGAAAAUUUCCUUCGUGAAGAGAAGAAGAAACUUGAACAAUAUCGUGAAUCUGUGAGAAAGCAUUAUACUGAACUUCGCACUGGUGUUAGGGAAGGACUUCCCACAGACUUAGCCCGACCGUUAUCUGUUGGACAAAGAGUGAUUGCCCUUCAUCCGAAAACAAGAGAAGUUCAUGACGGAAGUGUCCUCACUGUUGAUCAUGACAAGUGCAGGAUUCAGUUUGAUCGUCCUGAUAUCGGAGUUGAAUUUGUGAUGGAUGUUGAUUGCAUGCCUCUAAAUCCGCUGGAUAACAUGCCUGAGGCUCUUAGGAGACGGAGCCUCUUUGUUGACAAAUUCCCUGUUAUAUCUAAAGAACCUCAAAUUGAGGGCAAUAUAUCUUUUGGAGGGGCCCUUCUUUAUGAUCCUAGUGGGCAUCUAGCAAAUGUUCGGAGUCCCAUGAGUAAUUUGAUGAAGCAAGCAAAGGACUCAAACCAUGCAAUUUUUCAAGGCAAAGUAGCUGCUUCAGGUGUUGUCAGUACCCAACAGACAUUCUGUAGUCAGCCUUGCAGAACGGUGUAUAGCCAGGCGAGAGAAGCUGAUAUUCGGGCUCUUUCUGACCUAACUCAUGCUUUGGAUAAGAAGGAGGCAUUGUUAAUGGAGCUUAGAAACAUGAAUAAUGAUGUAUUGGAUGACCAAAUUAAUGGAGAUGGCUCUCUUAAGGAUUCUGAAUCUUUCAAGAAGCAUUACGCCACGGUACUUGUACAGCUAAAGGAAGCCGGUGGCCAGGCUUCUUCUGCUUUGGUUCAUUUGAGGGAACGGAAUACUUAUCCAGGAAAUCCGAUGCCUCCUUGGUUAAAGCCUCCAGUGAAUUCUGGUGCUGCAAUUGGCCUUCCCAGAGAACUUGAUAAAUACGUAUAUCCACAUGAGUCAGGAUGUAAUGUUCAUGAAAUUGUGAAGGUUUCAAGAUUGAAAGCACAGACGAUGGUGGAUAAAGCUAUUCAGGUGAUUUCGUCGUUGAAAGAGGGGGAAGAUGCUUUUACAAGGAUUGGAGAGGCUCUUGAUUCGAUAAAUGACCAACAGCUGGCUUCUGACAUCAAGUUAUCAGGUGUCAUAUCCCCAGAGAAGGUCAAUGGCAGCUUGGCUCCUAACAAUCAGUUGAAUGCCUGCCCAUCCGAGACCAACCAGCUAUCUGGUUCAAAACCUUGUACUGAUGCCGACAAGACUGAGACCCAGAUACCGGCUGAGCUGAUCACAUCGUGCGUCGCUACUUUGCUCAUGAUACAGACGUGUACGGACCGACACUAUCCUCCAGCCGAUGUGGCCCAGAUACUUGAUUCUGCUGUGACGAGUUUGCACCCUUGUUGCCCCCAGAACCUCCCGCUUUACCGGGAGAUUCAGAUGUCCAUGGGCAGACUGAAGACGCAGAUGUUGGCGCUGGUGCCGACGCAAAUCUGAUUUCUCGUCUCGGGUCUGUCCCUAGAAGUCGGGUAAUGUAUAUAAGUACCGCCAGAACAAAUCCCGGUUCAUCUUCACCACAUUCUGUAUCUGAUUGGUCCGCGCUAUCAAAUGAAGCCGACGUGUACUAUCUUCGCCACAGUGUAUACUGUCUAAUUAGUGUUAUCUUUUACUCAGUCCUCGAUUUUCUUCUCGUUCCCCUUGUAGCUCACUCCCGGUCCCCGCCGGCGCUGUAGUUCCUCUUUCUUAAAUAAACGUCGGCAGGUUGUUGUGAUAACCCACCCAGUUGGAAAAGAAAAUAACCUAUUCUCCCGA